UUUCUUGUGGGAAAAAUGCAUACAAAAAGAAAGUUAGAUUCUCAGACAGAAUUUAUUUAUUUAUUCAUUUUGGUAUAUCUUCUCUGCAACUAUUGGUCAGCAUCAGCAUCUCUUCUCCAAACAAUCUAAGGGUUUCAGACAUUUCUGUAAUUUGGUUGAAGUUUUGUGAAGACGCCAUAGUUUGGUCCUUGAUGUCCUACAAGAUUGCUUUAAUAACAGUUAAUAUAUAGGCUCAAGUUUUUGCUGUCAGUGUACUUCCUGCACUGUCCUUGUCUAUGCCUCUAUUGAAGACGAGUGUUAAAGAUAUAGCUGCGUGUGGAGCAGUUGGAGAAGGGUUGUUAAAACAUGAUAAGCUUUCCCGUAAAGGUGCAAGGACUAAUUUACCUCAUCUACCACUUGAAGAACAUUGCAAUCUCCCUCAAGCACAAAGUGUGAGCUCAUCUGUUUCAAAAUCGAGCUUUCAGAUGUUGUCUUAUCCAUCAAAACUUGGUCUCUCUCUGAAGAAAAAUGGCAAAAGCAAGAGCCUCCAAGUAGUCCUUGAUGGCCUUCGCAAACCAGAAGAUGAAGAACGUGUUGAAUCCUUUCGAGAGUUGCUUUCGUUGGAUGGUGAACGAACUAAUAAACAUGAUGAUUAUCAUACCCUUUUACGUUUCUUAAGGAUGAGAAGUUUUGACCUACAACAAGCCAAAGAUAUGUAUCUAAAAAUGCUCAAGUGGCGUGAGGAAUGUAGGGUUGAUUUAAUUUCUAAGGAAUUUAUAUUUGAUGAGUAUCUGGAAGUUAAGAGUUGCUAUCCACAUGGAUAUCACGGGGUUGACAAAUUUGGCCGGCCAUUAUAUAUCGAAAGGAUAGGGAAGAUAGAUCUUAAUGCACUUUUCAAAAUAACUACAAUUGAUCGUUUUGUCAAGUAUCACAUUUCUGAGCAAGAGAAGACGUUAAAUUUGAGAUAUCCUGCAUGUUCUGUUGCAGCUAAGAGACAUCUAGCGUCCACCACAAGUAUCCUCGACGUGAAGGGUGUGGGUAUGAAUAACUUCUCAAAGCAUGCCAGAGAACUAUUUGCAGAAAUUCAAAAGAUUGAUAGCAGUUAUUAUCCAGAGACUCUUCAUCAAUUAUUUAUCGUGAAUGCUGGAUCAGGGUUUAGGGUCUUGUGGAGAGCUCUCAAGGCUUUUCUUGAUUCAAGAACGAUAGCCAAGAUUCAAGUGCUGGGAAGCAACUACCAGAGCUACCUGACUGAAGUUAUUCACCCAAGCAAUUUGCCAAGUUUUCUUGGUGGAACUUGCACAUGUAGUGAAUAUGGAGGUUGUUUGAUGAAUGAUAGAGGACCAUGGACUGAUCCGCAAGUUACUGAACUGUUGCAGGCAAAUGGCGAAAUAGAAGCGCCACUCAUUUGUGAGAACAAUACCAGUGUGGUUGCAGAUGACCACAAGGAUUUAGAGAAACACAUGCAAACUAGUGAGCAUGAUGAGGUUGUCAUCACCUCGAAAGGUCUUCCUCUGGCAGCAAGACCUGAAAACACCAAGAUGGUGACCUACACAAAUUUCCAUGGUUUAGCCUUCUGGGGAACGAAACUCCGUGACAAUUUCUGGUGUUUCUUCGCUGUCACCAUCUUGUUUAUGCUUUCCUUUCUUUUGAGGAAUUCAAUGGCACAUCGUUUGAAACAGGAAGUGGUUAUGAAGCAGCUAAAAGAGCUUAUAAGUCAGAUCAAAGAGUUUAAGGAGCUUUCUUCCUCGGAUGGAGGUUCAGUUACAAAAACAAGCAACACAAACUGAAAGUGUGAUCAAGUACAUUCAAGGGUGUAUCUUUAUAUGGGAAAUACAUAUUGACUUAGCAUUUAUUUCACAAGUCAGUUGUACAAGAAAAUGAAGAACAACUGAAAUUUCUAUUUUAUCAUUUGGUGAUGGUCCCCUAGAAUUAUAUAUCUCUACAUUAAAGAAAUACCAGAAUUUCGUUAUUCCUAUCGUAGUUUAACAAGUUUCACAUAGUUU